AUGGGUGUCACUGGCCUGUGGUCUGUCGUCCAGCCCUGUGCCCGGCCUAUCAAGAUCGAGACCCUGAACAAGAAACGACUCGCCGUCGAUGCUUCCAUCUGGAUCUACCAAUUCUUGAAGGCCGUUCGUGACAAGGAUGGCAAUGCACUCAGGAACAGUCAUGUCGUCGGUUUCUUCCGACGUAUCUGCAAACUGCUAUACUUCGGUAUCAAGCCCGUCUUUGUCUUCGAUGGCGGCGCUCCUGCCCUCAAGCGUGCCACCAUCAAUGCUCGCAAGCAGAGAAGAGAAGGAAGAAGGGAGGAUGCUACUCGCACUGCCGGCAAGCUACUUGCCCUUCAGAUGCAGCGUAUUGCUGAGGAAGAGGAGAACAACCGCAAGCGUGCCACUCACGCUGCUCCACCAGAAGAGGAAGAGCCACUGCCCAACACCCUGGUCUAUGCCGAUGAGGUCUUUAUGACUCCGCAGGAACGUCAGCAGAACAAGACUUUCAAAAAGAAGGAUCAAUAUCACCUGCCUGAUCUGGGUGCCCCUCUCUCCGAGAUGGGUGCUCCCAAUGAUCCGAGAAUCAUGUCGCUAGAGGAACUCGAGAACUACGCUCGUCAAUUCGACACUGGCGAAGACAUCAACGUAUACGAUUUCUCAAAGAUUGACUUUGACGGUCCUUUCUUUCUCAGUCUUCCGCCCAGUGAUCGCUACAACAUCCUCAACGCAGCCAGACUGAGAAGCAGACUCAGAAUGGGCUAUUCCAAGGACCAGCUGGACACCAUGUUUCCCGACCGUAUGGCCUUUUCCAAAUUUCAAAUCGAGCGAGUGACUGAGCGCAAUGAUCUAACACAACGUUUGAUGAACCUCAAUGGCAUGAAUGACGACCUCAUGUACGGUCUUGAUGCUCCUGGAAGAGUCGCUGGCGAGAGGGGCAGAGAGUAUGUCUUGGUCAAGAAUGACGGUGUCGAAGGUGGCUGGGCUUUGGGUGUCGUCACGGGUAAGAACGACGGUGUUGAGAACAAGCCAAUCGAUGUCGAUGCUCCCGAGCAAGACGCCAAUGAAGAGCAAGACGAGGACGAAGACAACGACUUCGAGGACGUCCCAAUCGAGGGCCUCAAUCGCUUACCUAAAGCGACAGCUACUCAGCACGAGAAGACUUUGGGCACCGAGAUGGCUAGACGAAGACAAGCCUUCUACAGGUCCAAACGAAGUGCCCCUCGCAAGCGAGCCAAGGCGCCUCAAUCUCGUAGACCUGCAGAAGCCGAGGGCUUGUUCGUGGAAGAUGAUCAAGACACCGCCAUGGAAGUCGACGACGAAGAUGGCAGUGCCUCUGACGACGAAGAGCUGCAGCGAGCUAUCGCCAUGUCUAUGCAGAAUGAGGAUGCUGAACCAGAGGAAGGACCGGCACAAGAGGAAGAAGAAAAAGAGGAUUGGCUUGAGAAGUUCAAGCAGUCCCGUGCCGAUGAAGGUCGUCCUAUUCCACGUGGUGGAGGGCUAGCUAUUGCUCAUAUCGUCAACAGUCGAGCAGGCAAAGCAGUACAAGCUGCUCCCGCAAAGUCUCGCAACGAGACUGCGUCCGGUCCUAGUGCUUUUGGCGAGGGAAGUGAUGACAGCGACGAUGAUAUGGAUUUCCAGGCCGCUCUUGCUGAGUCGCGCAAGUCUAAGUAUCAGUCGAAGCAACUACCGAAGACUCGACCUGAACCACCGGUCCGAUCAGCACCGCCCAAGGCAACCCCGGCACCUAAGAAUGCCGGCGGGUUUGCAGGUCCCCUUCCCUUCGAAAAGCUAGAUUUAGGUAGUUCCCUACUUGGCAAGAAGAAGAUGCAAAAAGCGCAAGAAGAGAUGGCAGGAGGGUUCGAGAGAGACGAUGCGGGUCCAGCCAAAAGGGAUUCAUCAGAGCCUCUGCCUCCAUGGUUCGACGGAGAUCUUGGUGCCAAUAUUGCCAAACAGAAGGCUCUCGAACGUGACGAUUGGCAAAAGACCAAAGCAUACAAUGAAGAGUUCCAGUUUGCUGAGGUGCCGCCUCUUGGUCGUCGGUCAUCACGAGAUAUCAUCGAUCUGGAUCUCGAAGAAUCACAACCAAAGGUCGCAAGUCAAAUCAUCGACAUCUCCGACGAAGAAGAAGAGAACGUGAUCUCACCAAAGCCUGCCGACACGGUUUCAGCGGAGCAGCCCGCUAUGGGCGACCUAGCAGAUCGAGUCAGAGCCGCGCCUCCUACUCUGACCAGUUCCGAGAAAGAGCAGGUUAAAACAUCUAAUGUACCAGUGAUAAGUCGCGAAAGUCCAGAGGCAGUCACACAAAAUGGGACUGCUACCGUGACAGAGCAGCCGAAGAAAAUUGCUGCACCAUCAAAGAGCAACCCGUUUGCAGCAGAAGAGGACGAUGACGACGAUGAGGAGAUGGAAUGGGAACAAGUCGACAAACAGCAGACCAAUCUUGGGAAGGAGCCAUCGGUGACGGUCCAGCCACAAGUCAAGGAGCCCUCGCCAAACUUCACAAAGCAGCCGACGCCGGAGUCUGCCAGAGAACCUACAAAGUCACCCUCUCCGGAUUUCGAGAACGUAGAUAUCCCACAAGAGCCUGAAAAAAUACAGGCAGAGACUCCAGAAAAUCACCCAACAGUGGAUCCGGCUGCUGACGUACCAGGAUCUGUGACCGGUACAGCAGACCAAAACCUCCCUGUGGAUCCUGAAGCCGAUGAAUUUGGAUAUUACUCGGAUUCGGAAGACGACGAGCUUCUCCGCCAACUUGCCACUGAGACAGAAGAGCAUGCACGAUUUGCUUCAACGCUGAAUCAAAAGACACAGCAACAGAAUGUGGAAGAUUAUGAGCGCGAGCUCAAACAGCUUCGUACGCAACAAAAGAAAGAUAGACGUGAUGCUGACGAGGUUACACAUGUCAUGAUCCAAGAGUGUCAACAACUGUUGAAGCUAUUUGGCUUGCCUUACAUUACUGCACCGAUGGAAGCCGAGGCUCAAUGCGCAGAGCUUGUCACUCUUGGCCUAGUCGAUGGCAUCGUGACUGACGACUCGGAUUGUUUCCUGUUCGGCGGCACUCGCAUCUACAAAAACAUGUUCAACCAGGCCAAAUUCGUUGAAUGCUACCUGACCUCCGACUUUGAGAAGGAAUUUGAUCUCACACGCCAGAAGAUGAUCGGCAUUGCCCAUCUCCUUGGUUCAGAUUACACCGAAGGUCUACCAGGUGUAGGUCCAGUCACAGCUCUGGAGAUUCUCUCCGAGUUCCCCAAUCUGAUUGACUUCCGCGACUGGUACAAUGCCGUCCAAAUGAACCAGAUUCCCAAGUCUGAAGACGCCACGAACCCAUUCCGCAAGAAGUUCCGCCGCCAAGCAAACAAACUGUUCCUUCCCUCAAACUUUCCAGACCCGAGAGUGGAGAGUGCAUACUUGCAGCCAGAAGUCGACAGCGAUCCUUCAGCUUUCCAAUGGGGUGUUCCUGACUUGAGCGCCUUGCGCAGUUUCCUGAUGGCAACCAUCGGCUGGAACUCUGAGCGCACAGAUGAAGUUCUUGUUCCCGUCAUCAAAGACAUGAAUCGUAGGCAAGAAGAAGGUACACAAGCCAACAUCACUGCAUUCUUUGAUGGUGGAAUUGGUGCAGGUGCUUAUGCGCCAAGGAAAAGGCUCGAGCAGGGUAGCAAACGUAUGGGUAGUGCGCUUGACCGUAUGGCAAAGGAAGCGAAGAAAAAGAGGAAGGGUGGUGUUGUUGAGGACGGAGAGGAGUAUACUGAGACUGCUGAGACGGAGAAACCGGCGCCGAAGAAGAAGGCGAAGCGGAACUCGAAAAGGUCUGCUGCUGCCACUGCUUCGGCUGAUGUUUAG